GGAGUGAAAAUCCCAAAUCCAUUUCCCAAAGUGACCUUCCUUCUCAAAUAUUAAAUGGUGAUCGUGAACCGUCGCUCAGUGAUCAGGAAAAAUGCCUCGUAGGAAAAGAUCAUCAUCCACGAGUUGUGAUAUCUUUGAUGAUGAUUUUGAGGAUGAUUUAGACAGUGGAGGUCAGCAGCAGCUUCCAGUGCAAAGGAAUGCUGCGAAUGCUCGUGAAAGGGCCAGGAUGAGAGUUCUGUCUUCGGCCUUUUGCCGGCUCAAAACAAAACUCCCAUGGGUACCACCAGAUACAAAACUCUCUAAAUUGGAUACUCUAAGACUUGCUAAAGGAUAUAUUCAGCAAUUGGAAGCGAUCUUGGCUGGAGAACCCAUUGAGGAUAAUCUUCAGAUCGCUUCUCAUCACAAUAAUUUGACUUGGCCAUUCAUCUUCCAGAAUGCCUAUGAUCAGAGAUCAGUGGCUCAUCAUCCAAAUAUUCGUCAAAAUAAUGGGAUUAUGCUAGAAAAGCAGGAAUUUCACCAUCAAGAAGUCAAUCUUCUCAGUGGAUCAUCACUCUCGACAAAUUCUUAGGAAAUCAUCAUAAUUUUUUGACAAAGGCUUUCUUAAUUUAUGCCUUUCUAACGUAAGAAAGUGUGCUAGAGAAACUCUUGAACUUCUCCCAAAAAUAAAAAAAAAAUACUCAAGUUAUUUGAUCUCGAAAGGCUCUAUGUUGUUUUUGCUGUCAUAAAAAAACGGUGUUUUGAU